UCUUUAAUUCUCCGUUGAAAGAAGAGAGAAAAAAACAAACAAAAUAUCAGAUGCGAAGAAACGAAUAAAAACACCGUCGAUUUGAUACUCCGCCGUUUCCCUUCCAAACUGAUUCAGUUCUUCUCGUUCAAUUCACCGUCGUCGGAGAUCGAUUUGAACUAUCCUCAUCCACUCUCAAAUGAGUCAAUCUCAGCCACAGCCUCAGCCUCAGCCCGAUCCAUCCAAUCCACUCCCUCCUAAACCGUCGCACUCCGAUCACCCGGAUCCGAUUACCGAUCAUCGCGCCGGCGACUAUUCUCCCUACCCCAAGCUUGACCCUAGCGAUGUUGCUCCGCUGCCGAUGCCGGAGAACUGGACCACUGUCCCCAUGAGCUCCCAACCCCAACAUCCUCCUCCACCUCAAACUCAGCCGAACAGUGAGCCUCGUGCUCCGAUCUCUGAGGGAAAUGCUACCACUCUGCCGACUGAAGCUAAUCCCUAUGUUUCUGCGGCUCCAGCCUCUGGAAAUCCAUCUUCCGCCAAGAAUACGGUGGAUUCCAUGAAGGAGAUGCUUGGAAGAUGGGGAAAGAAGGCUGCUGAGGCAACCAAGAAGGCCGAGGAUCUUGCUGGAAAUAUGUGGCAGCACUUGAAAACAGGGCCUAGCAUUACUGAUGCUGCAGUGGCAAGAAUUGCUCAAGGGACGAAAGUUCUUGCAGAAGGUGGUUAUGAGAAGAUCUUCCGACAGACUUUUGAGAGUAUACCGGAAGAGAAACUUCAGAAGGCGUUUGCAUGCUACUUAUCCACAUCAGCUGGUCCAGUGAUGGGAACUUUGUACGUAUCAACGGCUAAACUUGCCUUUUGCAGUGACGAUCCUCUUUCGUACAAAGUCGGUGAGGAGACUCAAUGGAGCCUUUACAAGGUGGUGAUCCCGCUGCAUCACCUGAAGGCAGUCAACCCAUCAACAAGCAAAGCAAAACCGGCUGAAAAGUUCAUACAAGUUAUCUCCAUUGACAACCAUGAAUUCUGGUUCAUGGGCUUCGUAUAUUAUGAUAGUGCAGUCAAAAUUCUUCGAGAAGCCCUGCAGCCCAACAAUCCAUUGUCUGUGUGAAAAUCUAGUGAGAAGGGCUGACACUUCUGGAUCAUGAACUUUUUUACCUGCUCACCCACAGUAAGAAUUGAAGUAAGUCAAGAUUUUGAUGUUAUAUACAACAAAUUACUGUAGAAAUACCGUACCUCUGUAGUUUUACUAGCAAUGUUGUCUUUAUGGACUUCAUCAUCAUUCAUAUUUGUUUUCUCUACUGUGUAUGGAGUGAAAAAUUUGAAGUUGUUUGAACUUUUGUUGAUUGAAAGGUAAAUAGUAUUGAUGAUUGAAUGUUUGAA